GCUGAGGGGCCGCGAUGACGAUGAGACUCUGAGGUUAUAGAAUAUUUUUUCGCCAGGAGCAAUCGCAUACACAUUCUAAUCAAUGUGUCUGCUAUCUUUUGGAUGCUGAUGCAUGAUCAAGAUACAUCAAUUGAAAGCGCUCGCGCUGGCGCUCACGGGUAAUAUUAUGCAAUUCCGCCUUGUCGAGUAAGGAAAGUAACGGGCUUCGAGUUGCCCAGAGUUGCUCGAGUUGCCGAAGCGAAGAGCUCCAAUUCUGGGACGAGUUGCCGGGAGAAACCUGGCCCAUCGAAAUGGGGCAAAGCAGGGCGGUGCGGGUGUCGAAGUGCCUGCUCGACAUGCGGGGCGCCGUCUUUGAGACGUCCUCCGCAACAGGAUGCCUCCUCUCGUUUGGGAUCGAUAGCGGCGCGCCGCUCUCGACUCGGUGGCGGGGGGCAAGUGCCUCGCCCCCCCUGUGGUUUAGUUAGGGAGCGCCAGGCUAGGAAUAGGCUUUCGUCUUGCUGCGUUGCGGUGUGAGCGAGGGGCUUCCGCCGGGGUGGGUUCGUAGCCGGCUUGCGGCUGGAGGGUGCCGCUGUGAGUAGCACUGGGAAAAACGCGGCGGGGGUUGAUGUAUUGGCGGGUGGCGGUGGGUGCGAUCUGACGUUGAUGGGCAGCUGGAUUAGCCGGCGCGGUACAUGCCACAACCCCCAGGGCCCCUGCGUUGGUCCCUUUGCGGUAAUCUGACUGCCCCCCCUUGGCUGUCUUCCCCUGGCGGAUGUCUCUCUUGCCGGCUUGCACUUGCAGUUCCUGCUUGAAAGCAAGCGCCCCAAGGGCGCACCAAGAAGAAAAUCAAGGAGCAGAGAGAGAGACACAGGUCGCAUUGCCCUACGCUCCUGCUAAGGUCUCUCGGUGUCUCAUGAAGCUGCGCCUGAAGGGUGCCGCGCAGAAAAUUAGGGUGGGCAACUCGAGCAACCCGAGCAAGUCGGCCCGAUACGGGUCAAGAAAGUCCUUGCUCUAGUAUAAGCCCGCUUUCCUUUUUCGUCCCAAGAACGUAAACCUUUCUGGAGCUCGCGGCACGUUGGUUGUAGCCUUGAAGAUUGUCAACAUUAUCUGAUGUUUAGUAGAUCUUUUUGGGGGGUGCCGACAAGUGACAACUGAGUAGAGUUCGACAGUACUUUCGAAAUAUCAUGAUGAGAUGAACCUGACUUCCACAUAACAAGGUGACGCACUAUUUUUUUCAAAUUAUAACAAACGUGAAAGAUACAAAUUCAAAUACUUUAUCCAUGACGUAUUCGAGAAAACUUGAUAUCCCACGACAACCAACAUAAAGGUCGAUGAACAUGGAUCAUACGAGUUAUGUAGAUAUGUCGACAUCGAUACAAUUACAGGGAAUUCUACUCUAUGUUCUUUGGUAGAUGAAUUAGGGUCACCUUCUGGUCUACCUUGAUUUUCACCAUAGUCGGUCCUCGUGUCGCAUAUCGAAAGUCAUAGAGUUUUCUUGCCAGCAAUAGUUCAAAGUCGUGCGUAUAUGACGGUAAAAAAAGAUGCCUCGCUCAAGGCUCGCAGAGCCUGCUGGGCGUCUCGAUUUUGCAUAUUCGCUGAAUAGUCUUAAUUUCUAUUCAUGUGUUGUAAUCCUUCCUGUGUACGUGUACUCCAUUAUGACAGAGGUCACCUGGCCGCACAUAAUUCUUUUAUCUUUUUAUAACCCACGCUAUUAUGAGGCAGCUCCAGCCUUGCCUUCGACAUCGACUGGGAGCGAGAUAUAAAGUUUCAUGCGAUUGGGACCACCGAACAACAGAAGAAACUUCCGUACUAGGAAAUACCAAAAGCAAAAGAUGCCGCAGCACAAAAGAAAACUAGUGCGACUUACUUCUACACAUCUGCAUGUGCUUGUCGAUUCAUUGAACAUAAUGCGUUUCAGAAAAAGAAC